AUGGCCCAGCCCCGGAAGCAAGGCCACCAGUGCUCGUACGCGACGUCGGCCGCGAUCUCAGGCGCCGACAUCACGGUCGCAGUCAUCCAAGACACUCGUCAGGUAGACGGGCUAGGCGGCGAAGUGUGGCCCGGCGCCCAUCUUCUCUGCCAGCACUUGGAAGUCCAUGCCGCGAGCCUCAACCUCGCAAAUGCGCGCGUCCUCGAGCUUGGCGCGGGCUGUGGCCUCUGCGGUCUCGUUGCCGCUGCCCUUAAGGCGCCGUCUGUGACGCUCACGGACGAAUAUCCCGAUUUGCUGCAGACCAACAUCGACUUGAACCGCGCUUGGCUCGGCAACCAGGUCGUGGACGCCCGCGAGCUCGUGUGGGGGGAUGAAAGCGUUCGAGACGAAGGCCUCGCCUUUGACAUUGUCUUGGGCAGCGAAAUCACGCAGCUCGGACGUGGGUUGCAUCGCCCGCUCCUGGAAACCGUGACCUGGGUCGCCCACGCGUCGACAAUCGCGCUCUUCUCGAUGGACGUGUGUCGUGACACGUGUAUUGGCGAGUGCAAUCCUGCGCGUUGCAUUGCGUCCCACUUUGUCUACAUGGCGCGCGAAGUCGGCUUCGCCGUGAAGAAGCAUCCGUCCGUGCCGUCGGCGCGCUCGGUCGCACAUGGCCGCUUGAGGGAGACGAGCUCAGCACGGUCUUCGAGCUAA